AUGAUUUCACGUAAUCUACUUCGCACAGUUUUAUCAUCAAAUAUUCAGAAAUCUUGUGGUUUACAACGAACAUUUGGAAUAUUCAGUGGUGGAUCAUCAAAAAAUGAUACACCUCGAUCGAAAGUUUAUUUUGAUGUUAAUGUUGAAGAUAAACCAUUAGGACGAAUUACAUUUCAACUUUAUAAUGAUGUUGUUCCAAAAACAGCAGAAAAUUUCCGUGCAUUAUGUACUGGUGAAAAGGGCUUUGGUUAUAAGAAUUCAAUUUUUCAUCGAGUAAUUCCUAAAUUUAUGUUACAAGGUGGAGAUUUUGAACGACAUAAUGGUACUGGUGGUUAUAGUAUUUAUGGAAGUAAAUUUGCUGAUGAAAACUUUAAAAUUACCCAUACAAAAGAAGGUUUACUUUCAAUGGCAAAUGCAGGUAAAAAUACAAAUGGCUCUCAAUUCUUUAUUACAACAGUAUCAACUCCAUGGCUUGAUGGUAAACAUGUUGUCUUUGGUGAAGUUAUUGAUGGUAUGGAUACAGUAAAAAAAAUUGAAUCAAUGGGCUCUCAAUCAGGCAAAACACAAAAGAAGAUUACAAUUGCCGAUAGUGGUGUAUUAGACAGUGAUAAACCACAAAAAUAA